AAGUCUGAUUCCAACUUGACUGCCACUGGUUAUGAAAAUCUGCACUCCAAGACUGAAACGGCUGGGGGUAAGAUGUUUGUGGAGUCAAUCGUCCAGUGGGGGGCAUGGAGCAUCCUGCUCCAGUUUGUACUGGGUGUAUCUGCAGGAGGAUGUCCUCCACGCUGUGUGUGUCGACCUGAGGCUAAAGAAGUGAUCUGCUCUGCCAAACAUUUGAACUCAGUGCCAGAGGGAUUUUCCAGUGAUGCCAGGCGUUUGGAUUUAUCCCACAAUAAGAUUAAGACUGUGGGGCGCCGCCAGUUCUCUGGCCUCUUGCAACUUCAAGAGUUGGAUCUCAGUGAUAAUAUAAUCUCUAUGAUUGAGGUGGAGGCUUUCCAGGGCCUACAGAAUCUCAGGACGCUUCGGAUUAAGAAUAACCGACUUAAGAUUAUCCCAGUUGGGGUGUUUUCUGGCUUGUCCAGUCUGCGCUUUCUGGAUCUGAGUCAGAAUGAGAUUCUGGUCUUCCUGGACUAUACCUUCAAAGAAAUGGUAAACCUGCAAACCCUUGAAGCCAAGGAGAAUGACUUGGUCUUCAUCUCCCAGCGGGCUUUCUUUGGUCUGCAGAAUCUGCAGGAGCUCAACAUAGACCGCAGCAACUUGACCUCCAUUCCCACAGAGGCAUUGUCCCAGCUCCAGAGCCUGACACAUCUUUGCAUGCUGCGCCUCACCAUUUCUACAUUGCCUAACAAUGCUUUCCGACGACUCCAUCGCCUGCGUAGCCUCCUGAUUGCAAACUGGCCAGCACUGGACACUGUGGCCAGCAACAGCCUGAUAGGUCUUAACUUGACCUCACUUGUCAUCAGUAGCUGCAACCUAAGUGCUAUUCCUUACUCAGCACUUCGUCACCUGGUGUAUCUGCGCUUCCUGGAUCUGUCCUACAACCCCAUCACUGUUAUCCAAGGUAAUCUACUAGGAGAUCUCCUGAGACUCCAGGAGUUACACCUAGCAGGUGGGAGCUUGCUACGAAUAGAACCAGGGGCCUUUAGGGGACUGGCCUACUUUCGCAUGCUUAAUGUGACAUCCAAUCAGCUUACUACUUUGGAAGAGAGUGUGUUCCACUCUGUGGGGAACCUUCAGGUGUUGCGGUUGGAUGGGAAUCCCUUAGCAUGUGACUGCCGGCUCCUCUGGGUGGUCCGCCGCCGUUUGCGCUUGAACUUUGAUGGACAUCAGCCCACUUGUUCGUCUCCUGAUGCGGUGAGACAGCGUGAAUUCAGAGACUUCUCCGAGAAGGAGCUCCCGAGGCUGUUUACCUGCCGCCCUGCUCGUAUCAUGGACCGCAGGCCACAGGAGGCGAGAGUAGAGGAGGGCACUACAGUUAUCUUCUCCUGUAAAGCUGAUGGGGAUCCAGUUCCAUCUAUCACGUGGAUCUCAUCUCAUAAGAAUGUGGUUUCUCCAACAGGACGAAUCAGAGUUUUGCUCAAUGGCACUCUAGAAGUUCGUUUUGCCCAAGUUCAGGACAGUGGAACGUAUCAGUGCUUGGCAGGCAAUGCAGCCGGCAAUGACAGCCUGACUGUUGGUCUGUAUGUUAAGGGGCUUCCUCGUAACCGAACCAUCCCAUUCUUCUCAGAGGAAGACUGGGCAGAGCCUUCAAAUCCCCAAGCUGCCAACUCCUCAGCUCAAAUGGCCAAGCCAUACCCGUUUGACGCAAAGACACUGAUUAUUGCCACCACCAUGGGCUUCCUGUCUUUCCUUAGCUCGGUGGCCAUCUGUUUUGUUUUUAUGUUCUUCUGGAGCCAGAGCAAAGGUCAGAUCAAGCACACAGCAACUAUUGACUUUGUUCCUCGGUCUUCCAUGGGUGGAGGAGGAGGGGAGGGAGGUGAUGGUGGCAGGUUCACCAUGAAACUUAUUUAAAGCCAUGGAAGAGGUUAAAGGGGUCUUCAUAUUGACUGCAAAUUCUUCUGCACUAUGACCCCCCCAUUGUGACCUCUAUUCAAAGGCCCCUUUAGAAGGAAAAUUAGAGCCACUUUGUUGGGCUUGUGCUUGGCCUCUUCUAAUUUUAGAGUGGAAAGUUAUAUCUCAGCACCCACUUUGCUGUGUUAUCUAACUAAUGAAUAUCUCAUGGUCCUGGAAUAGAAAGAUGUUAACAGAUUGUAGGCAGA